AUGGGUUUCAACAUCCAUGCAAACUUGUUCUUUGUUUUGUUCAUGCUGUGUUUCUAUGUGUUGGACUUUGGUAUAGCCACAGACACCAUCACACCAUCAGAAUCCAUCAAGGACCCAGAAACUAUAAUCUCCAAAGAUGGUAAUUUCACUUUGGGGUUCUUCAUUCCUCCAAACUCCACAAACACUUACGUUGGAAUUUGGUGGAAGUCUCAAUCUACAGUCGUAUGGGUUGCUAACAGAAAUCAACCACUGAAUGAUUCGUCAGGAGUUGUUACCUUUUCUGAAGACGGCAAUCUUGUGGUGCUGAAUGGACAGAAUCAAGUUCUUUGGUCGUCAACGUUUGUGUCAAACACAUCUACCAAUACGAGUGCCCAGCUUUCAGACGAGGGGAAGCUAGAACUCACAGAAACCACAACGGGCAACAGCUUAUGGGAUAGUUUUCAGCAACCUUCAGAUACAUUACUGCCCCAAAUGAAAAUUUCAAGCAAUAGAACAGGUAGGGGAGUAGGACUUACAUCAUGGAAGAACCCUUCUGAUCCCUCUGUUGGGAACUUCUCUUUGGGUGUUGUUGAACGGGGAAAAAUCGUUGAAGUGUUCAUUUGGAAUGAAACUCAACCAUACUGGCGCAGUGGCCCUUGGAGCGUUGGGGUCUUUACAGGGGUAGAGCACAUGGCUAGUGCAUAUCUAAAUAGCUUUUCUGUUGUAGACGGUGAAAUCUCUUAUAACCCAAGUGCAUCUGAAUUUGGAAUCUACGUUCUGAGUUCUCAAGGUCAGUUUGAAGAAAAAUAUUGGGAUGAUGAGAAGAAAGAACUAGAACUUACAUGGACGAGUAAACAAUCGGAUUGUGAUGUUUAUGGUGUAUGUGGGUCGUUUGCAAUUUGUGAUGCACACAGCCAAGGAACAAAUGGUUCACCAAUGUGCAGCUGUUUGGAAGGGUUUGAGCCAAAUAACAAAGAGGAAUGGGAUGCACAAAACUUUACUAGUGGAUGUUUCAGGAGCACACCCUUGCAGUGUGAAAGAGUUAAUGAUGAAAACACAACUGUAGAUACAAAUGUAGAUCAAUUUUUGGAACUGCAAAUGGUGAAAGUUCCAGAUUUUUCUGAAUGGUCUAGUGCUGAGCCAGAGACAUGCAGAAGCCAAUGCUUGGAAAAUUGCUCUUGUGUUGCGUAUUCUCACGAUGAUGGAAUUGGUUGUAUGUCUUGGAACUACAAUCUACUAGACAUCCAACAACUCUCAAGUCGAGGACUUACUCUAUAUGUUCGUGUAGACUCUUCUGAACUUGAACAUGGUAUGCUAUGUCUUCUCAAGCAUUUUUAA